ACUCGAGCAUUACAUGCGGUCGAUUGAGAUCCUACAAUAGAUCAUUGGAGUAGCACAACGUCAAGCACUUCUUCUACAGCUUGCUACAGUUCGUCAUGUCCAUUAAUGAUCCUAGGAAGUAGAUCAGUUCCAUCAUGUGUGCUGAGCAGGGAGGAUGUCUGUACAGAUAUCAAUGCGACAAAUUCUUCAUGUGAGGAACGAAUACGUAUUACAUACGUUAUAGACCCGGCAUUACAGGGAGUGACCAUUCCUCUGUUCUACGUUUUGUGGUGGCAUCAAUGCCUCAUCAAUGACUUCAAGAAGCUACAUGGGACAAACCUCAAUGCAAAAUGCAUCAUCUGCGUUACUCACGUUACCAGAGUUUACCUCAGCUCUAGCCAAACCUCGACGAUUACGAUUGAACGAGUGAUGAAGGACGUGCCGAAGAGGGCAAUCAAGUACGAAGGCUUUGUAUUGGUGAAGGAGAGGCGACCAUGGAUUUCCCCCCGCUCAAUCCAGCUUCCUGGUAGCGAUAAGGAGAAGUUGAACGAGGGUUGGGAAAAAGUAAUGGCUGCUGCUAAGGAGAAGUUCUUCUAG